AUGGCCAGAACCAAGCAGACCGCCUGUAAAUCCACCGGAGGAAAAGCUCAGACGAAGCAGCGCACUACCAAAGCCACCCGGAAGAGCGCUCUGGCUACCGUCGGUGUGAAGAAACCUCAAUGUUACAGGCCCAGCACCGUGGCGCUGAGAGAGAUCCAGCGAUCCUCAAGCUGCCGACCAGGUAAACCUCGCUGGCUUCCCGCAGAGCAUCACAGCAGAGCUCUGAAAGCGGAGGUCGGUCUUCAAGUCCUGAGCUAUUUCUCUCACCAGGCACUGGAAGGGCACCUUGCGGAUCAGCAACUCGGUGGAUUUCUGAUCAGAGAGCUGCCCGACGCAGUUUAG